ACCCCCCCGGGGUCGGGCUCGUCCGGGCCGGGGCAGGGCCGGCCGCCCCGGGGAAGACCUUGGGGGCCGCGGGUGUCGGGAGAGGCCCCGGAGCCCGCGGGGCCGGUUCCGCGUCGCUCCUCCCGCUCGGGGCUUCUUUUCCCCUUGCCGCUGCUGUGCUGCCCGGAGGCGGCGGGUGCCGCGGGAUACGCGUGUGGGAGCGACGGGUUGAGGCUGGAAAGCAUAACAUUUGAAUAAUAGCCAUCCCCAGAGUCUGACAUUGCAAUGGCCUCAGCUGUACUCAGUUCAGUUCCCACCACUGCCUCCCGUUUUGCUCUGUUACAAGUGGAUAGUGAUUCUGAUUCGGAGUCUGGAAAGGGAAGAGGUGGUCGAGGUGCUGGGAAGUCUCAAGCUUCAGGGGCAAAACCGGCUACAAACGAGAAGAAGAAAGAGAAGAGGAGAAAAAAGAAGGAACAGCAACAGAGUGAAGCUAAUGAGCUCAGAAAUCUUGCUUUUAAAAAGAUUCCUCAGAAAUCCUCCCAUGGAGGCUGUCUAUCUCAGCAUGAGCAAACGUUGUACAGUCAAAUGCAGAAAGAUUCUCAGGAAGAAAAUUGGCAAGAGUGGAGACAAAAAGAUGAACAGAUUGAUCUCUGCUAUUUUCAGAAGAGCAAGUUACUAAACGGUCACAGUGCCACCAGGACUGCCUCAUCUUUCAGUCUGACAUCAGAAAUGUUUGAAGCAGAUCUUGAAAAGGCAUUACUGUUAAGCAAACUGGAAUAUGAAGAGCACAAAAAGGAAUAUGAAAAUGCUGAAAAUCCUUCACCGCCUUCAAAGUCUGUGAAUAAGAAAGAGAAAAGAAAGAACCAACAAGGAAAAGACAAACCUCUCACAGUAUCGCUGAAAGACUUUCAGUCCGAUUCUAAUAUAGAUCACCUGACAAAAAGACAUGAGGAACUGAGCUCUUCCCAUACUUUAUUGCAUGAUGGAGGAUUCUUCAAUAGAUUGGAGGAUGACGUUCACAAAAUACUUAUUAGAGAGAAAAGGAGAGACCAGCUCACCGAUUACAAUGGAAUGGAUAACUGUGCAUCUCAUGAACAUAGUCAGGAGGGUGUUUUGAAAGAUGGAAAAACAGAACGAUUGAAGUUAGAACUUGAAAAGAAAGAUGCUGAAAUUCAGCAGCUGAAGGAUAUAAUCGCUCAAUGGGAGGCAAAGUAUAAAGAAGUAAAAGCAAGAAAUGCACAGCUGUUGAAAAUGCUACAGGAAGGUGAAAUGAAAGAUAAAGCAGAAAUACUACUUCAGGUUGAUGAAUCACAGAGUAUCAAGAAUGAGUUGACUUUACAGGUGACUACGCUUCAUGCUGCAUUAGAACAAGAAAGAUCAAAAGUGAAAUUAUUACAAGCAGAAAUAACAAAAUAUCAGGGUGGGAAAAAAGGGAAAAGAAACUCAGAAUCUGACCAGUGCAGGUGAUCUCACUUGCCACACCAAGCUCAAAGCAAAAAAAAGAAAAAAAUCAAAUCUUCAGGGUUUUGCAGAAAUGUAUAUAUUUGUUGUACAACUGCUAAACUAUGCAGUCUUUUGAAAGAAAUUAACAACUACUAGUUUGACUAAUAUUCUAAUUUGUUGCACUUUGUUAGUUUAAAGAAAAAAAGUAGAAAAUUAGUAUUCCAGCAGAGCUCAAACGUUAAUAUUUGCUGAUGAUGCCAUAAUUAGUUUUUCAUCAUUCAAUAAAAUUUACUCUUCCAUU